AUGUCCAUGUCCAUGUCCAUGAUGAGGCCCUCAUCGGUGUCGAUCUUCUUCCCCCUAUUUAUCCUCCUAUCAAUAUCACGCCUCCAUGUCACUGCUCUUCAGGAGCAACAACCCUCUAAUGAUGCCUGCGCCUCCACUGAGUUCCCGAAGCUAUGCCGCUCUAUGGUCAGGUCGUACCGCACUCUGCCCUCAUCCUCCGACUCCGACUUGUCCGGACUUGGGAAGCACUCGGUGAAGCAGAGCCUUACACAGGCGAUGAAGAUGUCAAAGGUGAUAAAGCAUUACCUGUCCCCCAAGAGGAGCCGCUCGCUGAGCCGGCAGUUGCUCAGUGCCCUCCGCGACUGUUCCGACCUCUCUGACUCCACUGUCCGAUUCUUACAGUCUACCCUAAGUGAGUGCGGAGAAGGGGACCUCGCAAGACUGACCGUGGAGGAGAUCGGGCGGGUGCAGACGCAGCUGAGCGGCGUCGUAGCCAAUGAGCGACUCUGCCUCAAUGGGCUUAAAGAGUCAAAUAGCAGCAUCGCGCGGCCCCUCUCUGAGUCAUUGUCAGACGCGAAUCAGAUGUACGGACUGUCCCUUCAGUUAAUGACUCGAGCAUUGACCCAAAACGAGACGCACCAUCAGAUCAGACCCAGAGUUGAGUUUGAGGGGUUCGUGGUCUCGUCGCGCCAUCAUGUGCCACUCAACUAUCUCAUAGAGCUUAAUUUCCGAGGUAUAGCCAAAAACUUCAAUUCAACAUUCGUGCAGAACAUAAGGCAAGGACACUGCAACCCGUUGAAAAAUUGCCCCAGGAGUGGCUAUACUUCCUUUUACUUUGGUGACAGUGGAAUCCUCAUCAAUAACAUUGUGACGGUCGGCCACACCGGCCGAGACCAUUUUCGUUCGAUAACGGAUGCGGUAUCAUCGGCACCGCAUCAUUUGAGGGCUGAGGAUGGGUACUACGUGAUCUAUGUCCGCAGAGGAGUUUACGGGGAGUACGUUAACAUCCCACAUAAUCGGAAGCACAUAUUACUACUCGGGGACGGCAUCGGACAGACCAUAAUCACCGGGAAUCGCAACAAUGAUGAUGGCUGGGGUACUUAUAAAACUGCCAGUUUCGGCGUUGACGGAGACGGAUUUAUAGCCGUAGAUCUGACAUUCAGAAACACUGCCGGUCUCUAUAAGGGCCAGGCGGUUGCUGCCCGGGUCGUCAGCGAUCUCUCAACCUUCUAUAGAUGCAGCUUCGAGGGCUACCAGGACACACUCCUUAGUCAUGCUGGUAGGCAGUUCUUCCGGGAAUGUGACAUAUACGGGACCAUAGAUUUCAUAUUCGGGUUCGCUACAGCGGCUUUCCAGAACUGCAACAUCUAUGCCCGAAAGCCGAAGCCUGGCCAGGCAACUGUGGUCACAGCUCAGGGACGUAAAUACCCCUACGAGACCAGCGGGUUCUCCUUCCACAACUGUACGAUCAAACCCGCUCCUGACAUGGAAAAGAAGCCGAGGGUCGCCUUGAACUACCUAGGAAGGCCCUGGUAUAGCUACUCGAGGACCAUCAUCAUGCAGUCGUACAUCGACAAGUAUAUCCAUCCAAAGGGGUGGACACCGUUUCGCGGCAAUGACGGGCUGAACACGCUCUAUUAUGGCGAGUACGAUAAUCGCGGGCCUGGGUCGGGUACAAGGAGAAGAGUGAACUGGAAGGGAUAUCAUGUGCUGGAUUAUCAACAAGCACAGCAAUUCACGGUCUAUAACCUAACGACAGGAAAUACUUGGCUGCCCCAAACAGACAUUCCACACGUUGGAGGACUUCUUGGUUGAUAUUCCGAAUUAAUGAAAUUGUCUAAUGUCUUAUUUUUUUUUUAUUUUCUUUUAGGUAAA